UGUACGUGAAACAUGUUUGGAACCUUGAAGCAAUAAUGACAAGUUUACCAUGGUCACGUAUGACCAGCAGCUGGUGGCCCUAGACGUCCCGGCUGUGAGGGCGUUCGCCCGCUGGCGUCGCCGCGCCAACGCGGUGAAUCCGCGCUACUACACUAAGCUCGCCUGCAUUGGGCUAAUGAUCGAGAACCUCAGUGUGCAGCAUGUGACACGAGCGGCAUAGUAGCAUGGCACGGUGUAUUUCUUUGUACAUAUGGAUGAGAAUGUAGAUGGAGAGCAUUGGCAGGCAUGAGUACCGUCCAUUGGGAAACGAUAUCUUUGCAGGAUUGUUGUGACAACGCGGGUUCGGGCAGUUGGUCUGGGCGGGUGUACCCGCGAAGGUCGGCAGCCAACCAAGGGGGCGUCCCUCUCUGGGCCGGAGCUGGUCCCUCAUGGCAUGGGUGCGAUGCACUUUUGUUGGUCGGACUGUCCCUUCUGUCAUGUCGCAUUCAUAGUGGUGUGUGCAGAUCUUCGCACGCUUGUGAUGCAUUAUGCGUGGGGUGAAGCCAAAUGCUGACGUGAGACAGGCGCAUUGAAGUGUGCAACGCCAGGCAACGCUCGCCGGCUACCGUACUUGGGACUCGAUGUCCGUAUGUGACUAGACGGAUGCUCAUCGUCAACGAGCACCUGACCAGCCAGGUGCGCUACAACUGCAGGCAGCGCAACAUGGCGCUGGUCGGUUAAAGUCUGCAACGGCACUGUAUGUGGGACCUUCUGGUUGGUGUCAGAGCCAGGAAUCAAUUGAGUCAGGGGCCAGUCACGAACAGUUGAGACGAAAGGGGUCGGUCUGGAAUCAAUCAGGUUGGGCCAUAUUCAGGUCAUGUUUUGCGGCAUUGUUUUUAUGGUUGCAGGAACCGCGACGUCGCCGCCGCGAACCAAUUUGCUGAUGCUGGGGCGCAUGGGCCUUGGCCCGGCCUCGGGCGCUGUGUGAAACGUGUUAAGUAGCCAGGUGUGGACGCACCCCUGCUGAAGGUUGCGCUGAAAGGGGGAAGGAAAGGUGGGCGUGGCCAGGGGCAGCAGAUUAUUUCACAAGUUCCUCUUGAUGCC